AUGGUAAGAUAUGUAACAAUGAAACGUAUAACACAAAUUCUUGCGUCGAUUGUAUUCGUCAUUACAGUUGUAUCUAUUUAUUUGGCAUUUGAUUUCGCAAUAAAUAAUGCUAUAUCAAACAAAGCUUCUUCUCGUAAACGUUCUCAUCAUGAACAUGGCCAUCAUGAUGGACAUAAUCAUCAACAUGGUGAUAUUAAAAUAACAAAAAAACGUUCCAUAUUCUCAUCAACAUUAUCUCAUACAAAGAAAUCUAAUCGAACAAUAAAACAUGAUGAUGAAGAUGAACAUUAUAAUAUUAAUAAUGAACGUCGUAUAGGUACUGUGAAACAAAAAAUAGUAUCACCUCUACGUCAUGGUAAAGCUGGUCAUUUUCAUAAAGGUAAAACAGGUAUUAAAGUGAACAAACCACGACAAAUUAUUAAAGAACAACGGAAACGUUUAUCAACAACAACGUUACCAGAUCAACAUAAAUAUAAAAAUAAUCUCGAUCAUUAA